AUGACUAUUUUUGCAAUAACUCAGCAAUGGCUCGAUAUAAAAUAUAAUGAAAAUGCUAUAUUAAAAAUAAAAAACCUACUUCAAACAUAUUGGAAAGAAGGUGCACAUGCAUGUCAAACAUAUUCAAAUUUUCAAUCACAUCCACAAAUUAAAGUAUGGAGAGAUUGUUUUACAUCACUUGGUGUACCUGUCAAAAAAUAUGCAUCAUCAGUAGAAAGUUUAUUAAAACGUGCUGUUAAACAAUCUGAACCACGUUCAAUUAAUCCAUUAGUUGAUCUUUAUAAUGCUAUGUGUGCUCGUUAUAUUUCACCAUUUGGUGCAUUUGAUAUAGAUGAUUUAUCAAAAGAUAUUCCAUUAGAAUUACGUUUUACAAAAUCAUCUGAUACAUUUAUAGCAUUAGAUGAAAAUGAAUCUAACCCAGUAGAAGAAAAUGAAGUUGCUUAUAGUGUUGGAUCUCAAGUUGUUACAAGACAUAUUAAUUGGAAACAAUCAAAAUAUGGUUUAGUCAAAGAAAAAACAAAUAAUAUUAUAUUUAUGAGUGAAAUUUUAUCUUCUAUACCACAAAAUGUUUUAGAACAAAUGAUUGUUGAUUUAGUUCAACUAAUUAAAGAUUUAUUUCAUGUUGAAUAUCGAAUACAUAUUCUUGAUGCAUCACAUUCAUCAAUUCAAUAUUAA